UGUCCGGUGGUUGUGGAAGAAAGAAGCAAAAAGCGAAAAUGAUCUACGAUGUCAACUCUCCUCUCUUCAGGUCCUUCCUCAGUCAGAAGGGAGGCUCCUCCGACAAGAGGAAAACUGAAGAGCAGAAGCCAAAGGAGCAGAGGCCCAAAGCAAGCGAGAAUAAGCCUGUUAUGACGGAGUAACACUGAUGCUUGCAGCUUGGGAUCAUGAGAAGCUUUAGCAAGGAGGGAUGAGUUGGUAAAUGCUCUGUUACGAUGUUGUCGAGAUGAAAGGAAA